AUGGAUUCUUUUGGCAAAGGAGAAAUGCUCACUAACAAUGAUGUAAAGACAUUUGUCAACAAAAUUACAGAGAAAUAAUAUAUGUGUGCAUAUGGAACAUUUCUGGGAUAUUAUGUUUCAGCUCAUAAAUCACGGGACCAACACUUUACAUGUUGCGUUUAUAUUUUUGUUCAGUGUAGAUUACAGUAGCCUGCCUACCUACUGUCGAGGCGUGGUCGAGCCAGUCUAUAUAAAUCGUGACGCCUUUAGUCUGGCGCUCCUUCUACUCGUCCCGACUCUGCCACGGCUGUGUUUGUGCGCGCCACCGUAAACCGCUACCCGAGACGCGCCCGGCAUCUUGAAUAAGAAAGUCCCACGAAGAAAAGGCAUAGGCCUACUAGGAACUUUUUAAGAGUAGCAAUAUCGAGUACGCGGACAAGAGAAAGGAAAACGACAUACAGUGAUUUUUGCAGAAUUACAGUUGGUGGUGAUUUGAAGUUUGAAGAUAUGAGGAUUCUACGAGUUGCGCUCCUGCUCGUCCAUGCCUUUGUGGCCUCGAGGUUGGUGAGCGGAGCUGUGGUGGACAGGUAUGAGAGUGAGAGGCCACCGCAGCACACAGCAUUUAUCAACCUGUUGGAUGUCCUGAGCGACAGAAGGAUGGAGGGAGGGAGGGAGAAGAGUCAUCACGGCGUGGAGGGUCCAGUGUUGGAGGAUGAGGAGUACUAUGAUUACUACCAUGAAGAUGAAGAAGAUGCCUCAGGGGAAUAUGAGGUGGAAUUACCUCGAGUUGCAUUGUCGACUAAACCUAAAGACCCAUCGGCCAUCUUGGAAGCUGAGAGGAGUGAGGGGAAGAGGAGGAGAGGAAAGGGGAGGAAGAAGGGAAAGGGAAAGAAGAGGAACCCUUGUCUGAAGAAGUAUAAGGACUUCUGUAUCCAUGGCAGCUGUCAUUACCUGAGGGACAUCAAAGCUCCGUCAUGCAUAUGUCGUCCCAGUUACUCUGGGGAGCGGUGUCACCUGUUCACGCUGGCUUCAGAGGGGAGGGACGUGGGAGGAUACAGCCGGACCACAGCUCUGGCUGUGGUGGCAGUGGUGUUGUCCUCUGUCUGUCUCACCAUCAUAGGCCUGCUGCUGGUGCUCAGGUUUCACAAGCGAGGAGCGUACGACAUAGAGCACGAGGAGAAGGUCAAACUGGGAUCGGCACCCAACCAUUGAAGAGCUGGAGAGAAGGGACAGGAUAGGGAAAUUCUACCUCAAAAUAGAAAAGAAGAAGUGAAAAAAAAGCCAAGAGAGAACGCAGAGAGACCUGGGAGGUCUGGCAGAGAGGGGGACUGGAUGGCCGUGACCUGGACACAUAGCCCCAACCCAUCUCACUGAUGAACAGAUGUGAUUGGGUAGCUCGAUUCUGCGGUAAGCCCUGCAACCUAUCAGGAGAGAGCCUGGCUAAAACUGGAACUCUGAUUGGCUGGGAGAAAAGACUGGAGUGGUGAUGACAAUAUGGAAGCUGAGAUGAAGAGAAGGAACAUUUCUGGGCCCGUAUCCACAAAGUGUCUCGAGGAAGGAGAGCUGAUCUUGGAUCAGUUUUGCCUUUAGAUCAUUGUGAAUAACAUUAUAGUGACAGGCCCUAUAUCAGCACACUCCUAUCAGAGAUGCUUUGUGGAAACGUCCCUGGAUCAGUGCUGCUUCUUGGCUAUGUUAAAAAAGACUACCAGGAGUCUCAGCCUAAAAGGACACCAUCUUCUCUUCAUCUGCCAGAAACAGAGAGAAUCAUGUUCUUUCUUCAACAGGAGUGUUUUUACCAAUCAGCAUUUUGUAUUUUCCUUCAUAUGCUCAUUCUUUGUCGUUUUCUAGUGUAAAACUGUUAUUUAUACCAUAUAUUUGUCUUUUAAUUUAUUUAUUGAUGUGAUGUUGCUAUAUUUAUGCAGAUAUUUAACUCCUUUCAACCAAAGAUGCACUUCCAGUUUGUAAAGGUUAUCUAUAAGGUCAUCCUUGUGUUUUUAUAUUUAAAUAUUAAAUAAUAUUUAUUGAUGAAAAUGAAGAUAAAAUGAAUAAAACAUGUACAGUAUAUUUGUAGAAAUAGACAUUUGAACGUAAGCGUUCUCUUGGUCUCAUAGAUGCACCUGAUUGCUGACUUUGAUAUCAGCACUCUGUGUACAGGCUGCUGAGAACACACCCCACUGUGAUUAGUUGGUUGCUUGAUUGAUUGAUGCAAUAAACAACAGUGUGUUGUACUAUACCAAUGUACCACUGACAGGUCUCUCUGUGUGCCAUUAUGACGUGGUUGCAUUGGUCUUCUGUGUUUGACUCUGUGAAGAAGACAUACAAAACAUCCAGACAUAGAAUUGAAUUGAAUAGAAUUGACUCUAUUCUAGAAUCCCAAAAUAUAGAAUAUAGGAAAUAUUCUAGAAUGUUUCAUCUAGAAUCCAGUUGAAAUAUUUCUGUAUUACAAUCAAGAUGUGGAAUAGAUCCAAUGCAAACUCUGGUGCCUUGUUGAGUCCAGUCAUUGUAGUGAGUGUUGGAAAAUAGAAACAUACACAAGUGGUGUCGUUUUUAUUGUCUUUGAGAAAUUAGUAGGACAUAAAUCUCCAACAAUGUUAUCUACAAUUUCUGUUAUUUAUUUCUGUUACCAUGCCAGUUGUGUUGUCUUGUUUUAGCAUGCUGGGUGUGGUUAGGGAUAUACUAUAGUUACUAUAAUAUGGAUAUUUACUGUACUGUAAUAUACACUGAGAUCCAUGCUAAGAUCAUGAUCAAAUGUGAAUUCAUUCAAGUGUUCAGCCUUUUUAAAAACGAAUAACCCUCCCCUAGAAAAACAUCCUGGACACAACCUGCAGUUUUGAAGUGAUUUCUAGUAAAAAAAAGUUUUUCUUCUCAGAAAAUAAAGUAUUUUUUUCUCUGAAUC